AUGCCUAAUGUAUUCUUAUGUAACUACAUUUUUAUAUUUCUAUUAUUAACAAAUAAAAAUUUGAAAACUUUUAAUUAUGUUGAGAGUAAACAUUGGAAUAAUAUAUGCUUAAAAGACCUAUAUGAUAAAAAUGAUAUCAAAUUAAAUAAAACAAACAAAUUAAAACUAAAAUUUAAAAAUUUUAUGUUUUCAGAUUUAAAAAAACAAAACAAAAGAAAAGAAACAGGAACAGCAACAAAAACAGGAACAAUUACACAAAAACAAAAACACAAAAAAAAAAAAAAAUUACAUGGACAAACUAAUGGAUAUUUUAUAAAGAGAAAUAAAAUACAACAAAUAUUUGCUCAUAUUCCUUACAACAAUAAUUUUAAGAAAAUUAAUCAGGACAUAUACACUUUUAAAAAUAUUAAUUAUCAUCCAAAAAACGCUAACAAAAAAGUAUAUCUAAAGAUUAAUAAUGCUACCCAUUUGGAAACAAUUAAAACUUAUAUUACAAAAUGUAUAAAGAAACAUAGACAUCAAAAUGAAGAGGAAACACAAAAAAAAAUAAGAAAUUAUAACAAUAUAAUACAAUAUUAUGUAUCACGAAAAAAUAAUAAUAAUAAUAAUAAUAAGAAUAAUCGAUUCAUUCAUACUUAUAAUAUGCUUUUUAUUAAUCUAUUCUACAAUAUUAUAAGUAAAAAUAGAAAUGGAAAAAAAAAAAAAAAUAGAAAAACAGAUUUCCAAAAAUAUCUAAGGAAAUAUGAAGAACUGUACCAAAAAUUUACACCAGAAAAUGAUGCAGAAAAUAAUGAUAAAAAUAAUAGUGAUUUAAUAUCACAAAUUAAUAAAAAAAACAUUUCUAAUAUUAUUAUUAACGAAUGGUGUUUACGUAAUAAUAAUGAAAAAUAUAAUUCUACAUUAAUGUAUGAUUAUAUAUCUAAUAUGCAUAAUACAGAAUAUCAAGAUAUAACAUGUGUAAAUAAUUUUAUAAAAAAUAAUGAAAUGAUAGAAAAGGAAACAUGGGAACAUAAGCAGAAACCAUAUUUAACGUAUAAAUAUGAAUUUAAAUAUAGAGAUCCCAUAAAUCGAAAAAAUAAAUUGUAUCAAUAUGAAUAUUAUAUACCAAAAUUAAUAACAUAUGAAGAAGAUAUUUCUACUGAACCAAAAUUUGUACCUUCUAAUUUUAAAUCACCUAAAUGUUAUAAUAAUUCCCCUGUGAAUGCUCUAACAACUAGUGGGUUUAGUAGUCGUAAUAUUGAUACCUUUGGAAAAGAAAGAAAUAAAAUAUAUUCAUUCAAUACACCAACUGAUGUAAAAAGAAAUAUAUUUUUUGAUGAUCUCAUAUUAAUAUCAUCAUCUUAUAAUCAACAUUUCUUUCCAAAUUUAAACUUUUUAUUAAAUUUACAUACAUUGCAAAUUCUAAUAAGAGAUAAAACGGCUAUAGAAACUGAUUAUAUGAUAGACAAAUUUGACCAGCUCAAAGAAAAGCUUAUUCAAAUCAAUUCCCCACAUGUAAUAGAUAAUAACAAAAAUUAUGACAUUGACAAUAAUAAUAAUAAUAAUCAUAAUAAUCAUUAUAAUUAUGAUAAUCCAUAUAAUAAAAGGAUAAUACCAAUAAAUAACAAAUCAACAAAUAAUGAUACCUGCACAAGUGAUAAUAUAUCAGAUAUACAACACACGAAGAAUCAAACGAAUGAUCAAAAUAAUAAAAGUAAAGAUGAUGAAAUAAAUGAAGAAAUAUCUAGUAAUUUAACAUAUAAAAAAACCCUAUUUGAUGACAAAAUUCAAUUGUUCAAAAAUAAAUAUGAUAAAAAUAUUCUGGAUGAUAAAGAUUUUGUUCAACUAUGGAAAUAUAACGAAAAAGGAGAAAUAGUAGAAACAAUCAAUAAAAUACCUAUACCAAAAAUUUAUUUAAAUAUUGAUGAUCCCAAAUAUCUGUCAUGGAAAAUUUUACAAAAUUCUGGAAAAACAGCUUUCAAAGAAAUUCCAACACCAAAUAGAAAACUAGAAGCAUGGAGGCAACAAGUAAAUUUAAAAACAUUUUAUAAACAAAAUUUUGAUAGCAGUAUAAGUUUAAGAAAUAUUUCUAAAGAAGAAUUGGUUGAUUAUAAAAUGAAAAUAGUAGAUAAUACAUUUGAAAAAAAUGAAAAGGUUCAAAAUGAUAUAUCUGAUCAUUUUGAUAACAUGAAAAUGGAUAAUCAACAAAAUGAAGAAAAUGUGGAACUGGAUGAGAAUAUAAAUCAUUAUAAUAGUGAUAAUAUAAAUGAUGAUAAUAUAAAUGAUGAUAAUAUAAAUGAUGAUAAUAAUAAUCAUAAUAAUGAUAAUCAUUAUUACUAUGGAGAUACCCACAAAAUCAAUAAUCAAAAUAAAAAAAAUGUUAACGAUACUAUUAAUAUAAGUGAAAACACAAAUAUGGAUGAUAAUAAUAAUGAAAUAUAUUCACAAAAUUAUAAGGAACAAAGAAUAAAAAAUCAAGAUAUAUCUAAUAAUGCAUAUAAUUUUAAUAAAGAACAAAUUGACAAGUGCAAAAGAAAAUACAAAAAAGCUUUUUAUACACUAGUUGUUAGAGAUGGGAUAGUAGAUGAAUAUUUAUCUGAUGAUAUUAACAUUUUAAAAAAUUUAGAUAACAAAUUAAAAAAAAAAUCUGAAAUAAACCAAAAUAAGGAAAAUGUAAAUGAAAAUGAAAAUAAUUCACAAAGUGAUAAUAAUACAACGAAACAACAUAUUCAAGAUGAACAAGUAACUGAACAAAAAAAAAGUAAAAUAUUUGUUGGUAGCUUUUUUAAUGUAAAAGAUGUAGAAAUUGAAUAUUUAAUUAAUAAAGAAUUAUAUUUUAUACCUGAACAUUCAAAUUGGUAUAAAACAAAUACACAACCAUUUAUUAGAGGCCAAAUUGGAAAACAGUCAAGAAAAUUUGAUAAUGAUUAUCCUAUUUAUGAUUAUAGAAAAAGUGAUUUUGGUAUGGCCAAAUUCUCAUCAUUAAAUUUAGCAUCUAUCAAAGAUUGUGCUGUAGUAUAUUUAGAUGAAAAUAUUGAUUUAAGUGAUAAAUUUAUUCAUGUUAUAUUUAUAGCAACCUCAAAAAAUGAAGAUAUUAAUAAUAAUAUUAAUAAUAAUAAUAAUAUUAAUGAUAAUAAUAAUAUUAAUGAUAAUGAUAUAUAUGAAAAACAAUCGAAAUAUAAUGUAUAUCAAAAUAUUCCAUCUAAUAACAAACAAAACAAUUCAAAUGAUAAUUCUGAAUAUAAUAACGAACAAAAUAAUUGUUGUAACAUACAAAAUACAAAUGAUGAACAAAAUAAUAACGAAUAUGAAAAAGAAGAAAGUGCUCCAAAAUGUCAUGAACAAAAAGUUAUAUCGAGUCAUGAUGAUACAAUACAAAAUUGUGAUAUUGAAAAAAAUGAAUGUAAAGAAAAUAAAAAAAAUAAAUAUACACAAAUCAAAUUAACAGAAUAUCAUACGCACAAUCCAAUAACAAAUCCUAGAUUAGUUGUAUAUGUAAAAGGUAAUAGCAAAAUAAAUAUAUACGAAUCACAUAUAUCAUUAAAUAAAAGUAAUAGUGGACUAGUUAAUGGAUUCACAAGAAUUUGUUUAGAAGAAAAAUCCAAUGUAAAACAUACAUUAUCUCAAGAAUUAGGAAAUAAUGUAUGGCAUUUUCAUAACGUAUCAGUAAAAAAUGGAUUAAAUGCAAAUUAUAAAUUCGUUGAUAUAUUACUAGGUAGCUUAUCCUCAAGAAUUAAUUUACAAAUAGAAGGAGAAAAAGGAUGUAAACAAGAAAGUUAUGGUUUGUCAUUAUUAGAAGAUAAACAAAAUAUUAGUCAAUAUGAAAUGUUUCAUCACGAACAUCCAUCUAUGGAAACUAAUCAAUUAUUUAAAUGCUUAGUAUCUGAUAAAGCACAUGCCGUUUGGAGAAGUAGAGGUAGAAUAGAAAGAAAUGCAAUAAAAGCAAAAUUAAAUACAUUAUGUAAAUCUAUUCUAUUGAAUUUUGGAGCUAGUGCUGUAUGUAUACCCACACUAGAAAUUAUACCAAGUGAUAUAGAAUGUGCAAAUCACGGUGCAACCAUAAGUGAUUUAGAAAAAGAACCCAUCUUCUCAUUAAUGACAAGAGGAAUAUCUGAACGAAAUGCUAGAGAAAUAAUAAUGAAUUCUUUUGUUAAGGAAAUUUUAGACCAUAUAUCUGACGAAAAUCUUAAAAAUAGGGUAUAUCAAAAGGUUUUAAAAUUUUCUCAAAAGUAUAAAAGUUCUACUUAUUGA